UCUUGCAGCUGCUCUUUCUACCAUAUUACCUACUUGUAUAUUACCCCAACCAAAACUCAAACCAACCAGGGGAGCAAAAAAAACCAAACUCUUACCUUCUCUUUUUUGCUUUCCCCAUAAUCACGUUUCAAUUCUCUCUCUCUCUCUCGCCAACAAUGGAGGCCAAUCAAGACCAACAUGAAUUCAUCUUUCGAUCCAGCCUCCCUGAUAUUUACAUCCCAAAUCACCUUCCUUUGCACACAUACUGCUUUGAAAACAUUUCCCAGUUUAAAGAUCGUCCUUGCUUGAUCAAUGGUCCAACCGGGCAGAUAUAUAGCUAUGCUGAAGUCGAGCUCACUGCCCGUAAAGUGGCCACCGGACUCAACAAUUUAGGCAUCCAAGAGGGUGAAGUUAUCAUGCUUUUGCUUCGGAACUCACCGGAGUUUGUCUUUGCUUUCCUGGGUGCAUCAUUCCGUGGAGCAAUCAGCACUACCGCGAAUCCCUUUUACACCCCAGCGGAGAUUGCGAAACAGGCCAAGGACUCCAACACUAAGCUGCUUAUAACUCAAGCAGUUUAUGCUGAGAAAGUGAAAAUUUUCGCCAAGGAAAAUGAUAUCAAGAUCAUAACGAUUGAUACACCACCGGAGGGUUGUAUGCAUUUCUCAGAGUUGACUCAAGCUGAUGAGAUUGAAAUCCCAGCCGCGAAGAUCAAUCCAGACGACGUUGUGGCCCUGCCCUACUCUUCUGGAACAACAGGGUUACCCAAAGGGGUUAUGUUGACUCAUAAAAAUCUUGUAACAAGCGUGGCCCAACAAGUAGAUGGAGAGAAUCCCAACCUUUAUUUUCAUGAGAAAGAUGUGAUUCUCUGCGUGCUGCCAUUGUUCCACAUAUAUUCACUCAAUUCUGUGUUACUUUGCUCUUUGAGGGUAGGGGCUGCAAUCCUGAUUAUGCAAAAGUUUGAGAUUGUGACAUUAAUGAAGCUUGUGCAGAAAUACAAGGUAACCAUCGCCCCCUUCGUGCCACCGAUCAUUUUGGCCUUCACCAAGAGUCCGGACGUUGAUAACUAUGACCUUUCAUCCAUCCGGACGGUGAUGUCUGGUGCUGCACCAAUGGGAAAGGAGCUAGAGGAUGCUGUCAGAGUCAUGCUUCCAAAUGCAAAACUUGGACAGGGUUAUGGGAUGACAGAGGCAGGGCCAGUGCUAUCAAUGAACUUAGCUUUUGCAAAACAACCCUGUGAGACGAAAUCUGGUGCCUGUGGUACAGUUGUGAGGAAUGCAGAAAUGAAAAUUGUCAAUCCUGACACUGGUGCUUCGCUUCCACGAAAUCAGUCAGGGGAAAUUUGCAUUCGGGGUAGCCAGGUCAUGAAAGGUUAUCUUAAUGACCCGGAGUCCACAGAGAGAACAAUAGACAAAGAUGGAUGGUUGCACACCGGGGACAUUGGCUACAUCGAUGAUGAUGGUGAGCUUUUCAUUGUUGAUCGAUUGAAGGAAUUGAUCAAGUACAGAGGGUUUCAAGUAGCACCUGCUGAGCUUGAAGCUAUGUUGAUUAGCCAUCCCAGCAUCUCUGAUGCUGCUGUGGUACCCAUGAAAGAUGAGGCUUCUGGAGAGGUUCCGGUUGCAUUCGUUGUGAGAUCAAAUGGUUCCAAAAUCACUGAGGAUGAAAUUAAGCAAUUCAUCUCAAAACAGGUUGUGUUUUACAAAAGACUUGGCCGGGUUUUCUUCACCGAUUUAAUCCCCAAGGCUCCCACAGGUAAGAUUUUGCGGAAAGAUCUACGAGCAAAGCUUGUUGAGGUGUUCCCAACUAGCCCAACUGGAACAGAUAUUGCAUGCAGCAGCAUAACAUCUAGAUAAAGCUACCAAUAGACUAUGUGGCUUUGUUUUUUCCUCCAAGUUGGGAAGGAAAGCAAUAAUAAUAUGGCGCUGGUUUGAUUUCAAUGCCAAGGAAUUGACUUUGUCUCGUUUGAGAACAAAGAAUUAGGAACAGAAAGCUGUUAUACUAUUCGGGCUUUUUAUGUAACUGUUAACAUUUGUUUAUGUAUAUGAUUACAUGGGCAGGGCAAACUGGAAAGAUGUUGUAGAACAUAUUUCUAUUGUUUGGCAGAGUAGGAACUGCGACGUUUGUUCUGGUCUAUAUAUCUGUGCUUUGAAUAUCCUAUGCCAACUAUGGCGAAAUCGUUGUUGCGAUAAGAUAUCCUAUGCAAAGAGAAAGGACUUCUUUAUCUGGCCUUGGGGCAUA